AUGGAAUAUUGUCAAUCUGUCAAGGCUUAUUUGGCAAAAAAAUUAAAAUUAAAAUUAAAAAAAUUGCUUUGUUAUAGAAUCUGGUAUUUUGUAUUGUGGUUUAUAGACUUUAUAAAUACUAGGUUUAAUAUAUUUUCCAAUAUUGGCUUACUCUUAACUGGAAUAUAUCCAACAAUUAUUAUGAUUGAAGUCAGUUCAAACAAUACAGUUGAGGAAAUGUCAAGGAUCUCAAUUCCAACAGUCCAUACUUUCAUUCAGCAGGAGCUUAGAGAUGCUCAUAACUUAAUAGAAGCAGAAGUUUAUCAGUUAUAG